AUGAAGAUGCAAUUAUAUGUUAUGGUUAGAUAAUAGAAAUUUUGCCUGAAGAAUCUACAAGUUAUUAUAAUAAAGGCAAGCAAUUAAAAUUAUCAUAUAGGGAACAUUUUACCUUUGAAAAGUUUUUUAAAAUUAUUAUUUGAUUAAAUGAAAUUUCAAGAAGCAAUUUAGUUAUAUGAUAUGACUUUAGAAAGGAAUAAAGAAGAUGCAGAUAUCUAUUUUAAUAAAGGUAAAUAUAAUUAUUAAAAUUAAAGGCAAUGCAUUAUCAAAACUUCUUCGAAAAGAAGAAUCAAUCUAAUCAUAUGACUAGGCUAUUGAACUUGCUCCUAGAAAUGAUAAAUUUUAUUGUAACAAAGGUAUUUUUAAAGAUAAAAUAAAGGAGUUGAAUUAAAUAUUUUAAAUUAUCUGCAGAUUUAUUUCAUAAAAAAUAAAAAUUUUUUAUUUAGAAGUUAAAAUUAUUUUUAUUUCAUAUACUGUUAAAUAAUUGUGUUGGUAUUUUAUGAGGAGAAUUUUAAUUUUAGAAGGAUAUGAAUAAUUAUACAACAAAAGUUUUUUACAAAGUAAUUUGAAAUAAAAUAAACUUAUUUUAUUUGAUUAUAUAAUAAAAUUUACAUCAGUUUUGGGCUGA